GGCGGAAAGCGAGCGCAGAGCGCGUGCGGGGCGCUGGCCAAUGGGAGGUGGUGUUGCUGGAGGCCGCGGCGGCGCAGCAGUCUGAGAGAAGGAGCAUUAAGCUGGGGAGAGCCGAGGCCGCCGGAGCCGCAGCCGGAGCCUGAGGUGGAUAAAAAUCCUUCAGAUGGCAGAUAACAGUAAUUCAGAAGAUGUUCCUUCAGAUUCCUUUGAAACUGCUAAAGCUGACAAAGAAAAACUUACAGACCAGGUGAUGCAGAAUCCCCAAGUGCUAGCAGCUCUCCAGGAGCGGCUUGAGAAUGUGUCCCACACGCCUUCGAGCUACAUUGAAACCUUACCCAAAGCGGUCAAGAGACGCAUUGAUGCUUUGAAACAGCUGCAGGUGAAGUGUGCACACAUCGAAGCCAAGUUCUACGAGGAAGUGCAUGAUUUGGAGCGAAAAUACGCAGCCCUUUACCAGCCUCUCUUUGAUAAGAGACGGGAUUUUGUCACUGGUGAUGUUGAACCUACAGAUGCAGAAUCAGAAUGGCCCAGUGAGAAUGAGGAGGAGGAGAAACUGGCUGGAGAUCUGAAAAGCAAAGUGGUGAUAGCAGAGAAGGAAGCUCCUGCAGAAGAGCCAAAUCCCAAAGGGAUUCCAGAAUUCUGGUUUACAAUCUUUAGAAACGUGGAUAUGCUGAGCGAAUUAGUGCAGGAGUAUGAUGAGCCGAUUUUGAAACACCUGCAGGAUAUCAAAGUCAAGUUCUCUGACCCUGGGCAGCCCAUGUCCUUCUCGUUAGAGUUCCACUUUGAGCCCAACGACUACUUUACCAAUUCUGUCCUGACUAAGACUUACAAGAUGAAAUCCGAGCCAGACACCACAGACCCCUUCUCCUUCGAAGGCCCGGAAAUAGUAGACUGUGAAGGGUGCACUAUCGAGUGGAAGAAGGGCAAGAACGUCACCGUGAAAACAAUCAAGAAAAAGCAGAAACAUAAGGGCCGUGGCACCGUGAGGACAGUCACUAAGCAAGUCCCCAACGAUUCCUUUUUUAACUUCUUUAGCCCCAUCAAAGUAUCUGGGGAUGGAGAGUCGCUGGAUGAAGAUUCAGAAUUUACAUUAGCUUCAGACUUUGAAAUUGGACACUUCUUCCGUGAGAGGAUAGUUCCACGUGCCGUCCUUUAUUUUACUGGAGAAGCCAUCGAGGAUGAUGAUAAUUUUGAAGAAGGCGAGGAAGGGGAAGAAGAGGAAUUAGAGGGUGAAGAAGAGGGAGAAGAAGAAGAUGAAGCGGAGAACGAUCCCAAGGUAAGGUGGAAUUCCCUUCAUACCUAACUUGAAAGCUGAUGUCUGUAGCCAAUGUGAUGUGGGGUUGUUGACUUGCUGGAUAAAGGGAGGCUGAAGCCCAAGCAGACCAGAGAGCAGGCGCUUUGGAGCUAGGCUCCUCCAGGAGUGUGUUUUUCGAGGGAACGUGUGUCAUGGGGCAUUCGAAAGCUCAACGCUGAACUUUUGGGGCUGGAUUCAGUCAGGCUACUGCUUCCUGAGGCCCAGCCUUCCCUCCUGACCCAGGCAGCAAAGAUAGGAAGACGCUCUGUGGAAGUUUGUGUGCUCCCUCGAAAGAUCCCCGAGAAGCCCGCUGCUUGGGGGUGGGAGGAGUCCCUUCACCAGUGUAGACACACGAGUGCCUGGCCACGGGUUCCUAGUCCAGUGAACCCUUGAGAGAUCAGAAGGCUGAGAGGCCCGCUGGGCUAGGAUGAGGCGGCGGCUGCCGCUUUUUGCUUUCCUGCGUCCCCUUUUCAUUUUGUUCUCAAGUUUGUCAGGAACAGACGCCAAGUAGUCCAGACGAAGGUCGAGCAGCUUCUCAAUUCGCAAAGAUGCGGUUGAGCAGGGAUGUUCUUUUUCAUUUCAUAGUCAAAUGGCUCUAAGAAGGUGACUGGCGGAUUUGUGUUUCAAUCGUGGUAGCGGUGGGUGCUCUAGCAUAACGUUCAUGAAGAGUUUUGUGAGCCUGAAAGGACUAGAGUGGGCUGAGGUUAAAGCACCCAGGGCUGUCCAUCGCUCGUGCCCCUGAGCACAUUGAGCUCUCGGGGUACAGCCAACCUACGUGCCCAGGAAAUUGUACGUUUGGAGAGAGAGGCCUUGCCUGCAUCCGGCAGGAUCCAACAGAUCUGGUCCUCGAGAGCCUUGGGACAGCCUCGGGGAUGUGGAGGCAAAGGGAGAGCUCAUUGCUGAACAAACUUAGCGGUCAGAAAACCUGUUAGAAGAUGGAUCCCCUUGGUCUGGGGGAGCUUGGGUUAUCAGAAGGGGCUCGUUUACCCCCCUGAAGGAGCGUUCGCUCACCCAUCUUAUGACAUCCAGUCCACGGGUUUAUUUGAGAACCCACUUUUAUGUUGACUGGAGUUAAAUGGGUUCGACCCUUUUUGAGAUGGGGGUAACUCAAUGGGGCUCACUGAGGACAUUCGCCUGAUGGUCAGCCCUUGUCUUUGACUCGGUGCAGUAGGAAGGUACUGUGGACUCACUGGCUUUCUCUGGAAAGUCCAGCGCAUUUUUUCUCUUGAAAAGCAGCAAAUACUUUAGGGUGCAACAGCCCCCUCCCCUUUCUCGAGGCCUAGCGGUGACCUUGAACCAGCUCCCUUUGGGGGCACUCCUUCAUUGUCACCCUUUGGUGGUCUGGUGCAGCUUCGUGCACGUGGCUUUCACUCUCCCUUAGAUCUGGGAAUCCCCACAAGGGGACCCCAGUUUUCUGACAUCGUUCCCACCUUACGAGGCUUCCCCAUGGAGAUUAGACAAGUACUGGCGGCCAUGAUGGGAGAAUCAGGAGAUUUUGGCAGGAUUGUGAACCAGGCGAGUUUUCAUUCACACUGUCAACACUUCAUUCUGGAGUCACGGUGGCAGCUCUGCAACUGAAUGUGUCCCGACAAGUUCUGGUGCCCUUGGGUGGCUCUAUGGAAGUGUUACAGCCCAUUCUUUUCACUGGUGCCAUGCCAUGCCAUGCCAUGCCAAUCUUUGUGCCCAUUCAUCACCACAACUCACUUAGGAGCAGCUGUUCAGUUUAUCUGUAGCUUCCUUUUGGCCCCAGAAAAGUGGCAGCGAGACCCUUUUCCAGGUGGGUUCUACCUCUCCAUUAGACCGGGCAGUGCCAUGUUCUGAAGCUGGUGCAGCACGAUAAAAGCCAAAGGGCUUAGUUAUUUGAUUGCCUCUGAUUCCCUGCUCCUGGCAGUGCCCUAUCCAAGUAGGAGGUGGCUGGUGAUGCAGCCUCAGAAUGCCACUUGGUGGUUGGCAUUCUGCUGCCAGCAUCUGCAAUGAGGAACUGAAUUGAGAACAAGCGGCUUCAGGAGCCACCCCGGGGGUCAGCAUGUUCUCCCUAAAUGCUUGGGCUCUUCCAGAGGUGCCUGUGGAGCCAUUUGGAGACAGGCUGACCUGGGUGGGUGCCUCACAGGACCCUCCCUUUGGAAGCACCUAGUGCUCGGGGCGGCUGCAUCGAGUCAGACUCGUAGGACUCCCUUUCGACCCUCAGUUAGUUUCCAGGUUGGAAGGAGAAGUGGUGACGGGUGCUUUUUGGGUAGAGUGGAGCGUUCAGGGAGGUCCUGCCUUGUCCCAGAAAUGCUCGGGGCCUGGAGUCGAGCACCACCUGUCAGGACUCUUGGGCCAAGGUGGAUUCCACCAGAGGCCUGCCCCAUUCUCCAGAGCUGGCGUGGGCCUCAGCCAGGCCUCUUAAUUCCCCUCUGCCCACGGCGCUUGCCUUGGAUGUCCUUUUCCCUGGGAGCUGCCUCCGCCCCUCCCGAGUCUGAGGAUUCUGUGGCCAGGCCGGGGGAGUCCCUGGCAGGACGAGGUCCCCAAAGUAGGCCCCGAGGGGAGGUUGGACGUGGUGCUCACUUCUCUCUCCCUCUGAGCUCAGAGAAGUCUCGCUGGCUGCAGCUGCCCCAGGAACUUUCUGAAAGGGCAGCCCUUCUGCCUGGUGGGGAGCGCCCUCCGGGAGCCCCUCCUGGGGAAGGUGAGCCCCGUUCCUUGUCCUGGCGGGGCUGCUUGGUGGACCCAGCUUUGUUCCAGUGGUGGGUAAGGCCGGAAGUGCAGGGAGAGACAGGCAGGUGCAGCCCCGGCCUGGUCCGAGGUCUCACGGGGGGUUUCAUUC